CUUGGUCUUAUCGCUGACGCUCGGAUCACAUUUGCCGAAUCCUCCGCACCUUCCUUCCUCGCCGAUUCGCAGUAGUGGGUGCCUAAACACUUACAUGCUCGCUUGCCGAUAACCAUGCGACCGUAUUAAUGGCAAGCAUAUCCCCUCGUUUCUGAACAUGCCCAGCAAUGUCACACGAAUUCUCGACCCAGCCGCAAGACGAACUUCGUCCAGGACAGCCGGCAAACCACUCGCUGCCACCUCUGGCACCACUCGAACUUAUUAACGAUGCCUCACCAGAACAACAACGAGAUGCGGCUGAGGAUGAAUCGCAAUAUCCGAGAGGGCUGACAAAAUUUCUCAUUAUCGCCUCGGUCACCUUGGUCUACGUUCUCACUAGUAUGGAUUCGUCAAUCGUCUCUGUUGUUGUGCCCUCCUUGACCGACGAGUUUCAUACCAUUCGCGACGUGGGUUGGUAUUCGGCUGCGUAUCGACUUUGCGUAUGCAGCUUCCAAUUCAUGUUUGGAAAGCUGUACAAAACGUAUCCGCCCAAGAAGAUCUUCUUGAGCAGCGUCGUUUUCUUCAUGGUCGGAUCGAUAGUCUGUGCGACUGCAAAGAAAAGCGCCGUCUUUGUGCUGGGAAGAGCCGUUUGUGGAUUUGCUGCGUCUGCCAUCAUGGCUGGUGGUCUCACGCUAUUGGUCCUGUGUCUACCCAUGAGGAAGCGGCCACUGUAUACUGGUAUCGUUGGCGGUGUUUCUGGAGUCUCUGGCGUCGCAUCUCCUAUGCUUGGUGGUGCCAUUGUGGAUGGACUUGGUUGGCGGUGGUGCUUCUGGAUCUGUUUGCCGCUUGGCUUUAUCACUUUGCUGGCCCUUUCUUUCUGCCUACCGAACACCAAAUCCAAGCAAAAACUGACCUGGAGGGAACGCUUAUCCCAGAUGGAUCCGAUUGGUACUUUGUGCUUCGUCGCAUCCCUUACUUGCUUGUUCCUCGCUCUUAGCUGGGCAGGUUCUAGGUAUGCUUGGAGGUCUCCACUCAUCAUUGGUCUUCUUGUUGCUUCAGGCGUCCUUCUUGGUCUGUUCGGCUUGGAUCAAUGGUGGAAGGGAGAAACAGCGACACUACCUCCUCGAAUCUUCAAGAACCGUUCAGUCCUCUCUGGCUUCACAUACACAAUGUUCUGCAACUCGGCAAGUAUGGUCGUUCUAUACUACCUGCCCACGUACUUCCAGUUUGUCCGUGGGAAAACAGCAGCACAGAGUGGAUACUAUCAGAUACCUGCAAUUGCAGGUGAUAUCAUUGGAGUCAUUCUUCAGUCGACUGGUGUUACUCUUGUCGGAUACUACACGCCCUUUAUGUGGGCCGGGACGAUCCUUAUGCCUCUUCUCGCUGGACUUCUCACGACCAUAAAGACACGCACUGCGCUCGUCAAUGUUCUUGUCAUGACAGGCUUCUUCGGCUUUUCCGGCGGCAUCGGCUUCCUAUCUCCUCAAUCAGCCGUACAAAUGGCACUCCCAAAAGAAGACGCUAGUAUCGGUCUCUCCAUCAUUGUAUUCGCAGAGCAGUUCGGUGCUGCGCUGUUCGUAUCAGCCGCGCAAAAUGUAUUCCAAACCCGUUUGGCUGGCAACUUGCAUGACAUGGCGCCUUCGCUCAACACAACGAGUAUUGAAUCUGCUGGUUUGACCGACUUGCGGAAUUUGGUGACGCCUGAAGAUGUGAAAGAUGUAUUAAAUGCGGUGGAUCAGAGUGUAGCGCAGACUUGGUACAUGGCCGUUGCUCUAUCUUGUCUGACUAUCAUUGGCAGCGCCACCAUGGAUUGGAGAAGUGUCAAAGAGAAGAAGAGCUGAUUUCGGAAUCCCGUUCAUUCGCUUGUCGAGCCUAAUUGUGCCUGCCUCUGCAACGGCGAUGCCCAUCUCAUUUACCCAGGGAUUCGAUUGGUCGAACUACGAGCUUGAAUAGUGGAGGAACGCUGCUACAAUCCAAGUAAUCUUUAGGCGCAAUACUACUACAUAAACACAAUCUUAGCCAUUGAUUUUGACGAGUUCUCCGCUUUGCAAGGGUAGACAAUCCG